ACUGUCUGGAAAAUUAUUAAUUUAAUUAUCUAAAUCCAACUUAUCUAAAAGUUUACACUUAACCUCUAUUUACAUUUAUGAUAAAAAUGUUUGUUUUUCAACAAAUGCAUAAGUAUAUAUCAUUGGAAAUAGGAAACAGCAUUCACAUUAUCGAAAAACCGCAUAAUACAUCAGAUUCCAGUGCGCUUCCUGUUCUAUUUUCUUAAUAAACUGUUCAUUCAGUAAACUAUAGUGAGAGCAGUAACCUGACAUGGAACCUUCUCUAGCCAUGAAUUCCGACAAUUAUUGUUUUCCUAUAACCGACAUAGAUGCAAUUGGUGAUGUUAUAAAAGACCCACCUAAGUGGGUUAAUCAAAUAGUACCUUUAAUAGAGAGAAGUACUUGUGUUGUUGAGAACACUUUGUCUGAUUGUCAUUUCGAAGCGGACCAUUUUCAAGUAAAAAAACGACUUGAUUCAAGAACAGUUCCCAGAACGUUAGUUUGUCAUGAUUAUAAAGGAGGAUAUAGAGAAGACAGGUUUAUGUAUGAUGAAAGAACACUAGCAAAAGGAAACAGCUAUACUUUUUAUAAUUGGUCUCAAAUUGACAUAUUUGUAUACUUUAGUCAUCAUUUUAUCACCAUUCCUCCAGUUUGUUGGAUUAAUGCAGGACAUAGUAAUGGAGUUAAAGUUUUAGGAACAAUAAUCACAGAGUUCAAAGAAGGCGAAGAAAAAUGCAAAUCAAUUUUUAAAGACAUGCAAACUAUGCAAAGUUUCGCUCGUUCUCUUGCUAUUUUAACAAAUACCUUUAAAUUUGAUGGGUGGUUGUUGAACAUAGAGAACCCUGUCGAACAUAUUGAUAUAUUAAAGACGUUUGUAACAAUUUUAACAGAAUUAACACACUCUGAAAAUCCCGGAAGUUUGGUAAUUUGGUAUGACAGUGUUACUAUUGGUGGAAAAUUAUUGUGGCAAAACGAACUGAAUUCAAAUAAUGAAACGUUCUUUGAUUCGUGCGAUGGAAUAUUUUUAAAUUAUGUAUGGACAGAAGAAAAAAUAAUAAAAUCAGCCGAACGAGCCAAACACAGAUGUCCCGACGUCUAUGUGGGAAUCGACGUCUUCGGCAGAAACACCUUUGGUGGAGGCAAUUUUAAUUGUUACAAGGCGGCUGAGAUUAUCAGAAAGUACAACAUGUCAAUGGCUAUUUUUGCACCUGGUUGGACGCAUGAAACGUUACAAUCGGAGGACGAUAAGUUUUUUGAAAUGUUCGUUAAUCGAGACACUGCGUUUUGGAAAAGUUUAGCACCCUAUAUGUACACGAGACCGGUUACAAAUGUUUUCAAGACCCGAUUUAAUAUUGGACUCGACAAAGAACAUUACAACAUAUUUUCGCAACAAAGCCAACUGUCCUCGUUGGGUUAUCCAGAAAAUACAGUACAUAUACCGGAAUUUGCAACUAUAGUGCCUUUAAAACUGUCAUGUGACUGUAUUAAAACAGUUGUGUUGAACAAUUAUAAAUCGUACGUGAUUUCAACAUCCAAUUUGCCUAGAAACAUUUCCUAUGUUCACAGUUUGUUUUCGUGCGAUUUAAAAAUAAAAGGCAACACCCUCGUUUAUUUCGUUACGAAAAGGAUGGACCAUUCUCAGGGUGGGCUUAGUUUGGUGUUUUUGACGUCGGCGAGUGAACGGUUUAAGAAAAUCAAGCUGUUAAGUCACAACAAAUUGGAUUGUUUGAAAACUAUGUCACUUGUUGAAGUAAAUCCAUCUACUGAAACUGAUUUAAUAAAGGAUAUUGAACACUGUUAUACUGAAUUACUAGAGAAGUUUGAUUGUGAAUUGAGGGUCUACACAUUUUCAACAGAACCUUGUGAUAUUCUAGAAAUAGGAGCAACAGUAGAAAAUGGCUCUUCGAUAUGCUUAUUUGCUUUCGGCAUACAAAACGAAAGUCCAAAUUUAUUGAAUUAUUUUUUUAAUGAUAUAUAAAGUAUUUUAAUUUGUAAGGCUAUUAAUAAAGUAAUGAUCAACAUAUAAAUAAGUAUAAAACAUACUCACUCCUCGGGAUAAUUAAAUUAAUUGUUUGUAUAUAUUCUAAUAAAUAAUCAAAUAUA